GGUUUUGCUUUGUGUGUUGGGGUGGUCGGUCGCCCUCUCUGUGCCAGAUCCCAGACUAGCUGAGUUGAUCCUUCAGCCCAUUCCCGGAGAUCAGAUCCACCAGCGCACCUCCUCCUGCGGAGUCAUGAAGGGGGAUCCGCAUUCUCGGCCCCUUUCCAGCGGAACAGAGCAUCCGUCCAGGCUUCAGAAAGACGAAGAGGAAGAGGAGGACCCCCCCGGUGCAGAAGAAGGGUCGCCCAAGUCCCCACUCUGGGUCUUCGGUUACGGUUCGCUGGUUUGGAGACCUGAUUUUGAAUUCACUUCCCGCAAAGUGGGCUAUAUCCGGGGCUACAGCCGCCGCUUCUGGCAAGGGGACACCUUCCACCGGGGUAACGAAAAAACGCCUGGAAGAGUGGUCACCCUUCAGGAAGAUUAUAAUGGGUGCACAUGGGGUAUUGGCUAUGAACUUCGCGGGCAUCAAAUUGCUGCUGUCCUUAAGUAUUUGAACAUGCGGGAAGCAGUGCUUGGAGGCUAUGACACCAAGCUGCUGAAGUUUUAUCCCCAGGAAGAAGAGGCAGAUGAGCCUAUUCUAGCCCUUGUUUAUAUUGCAACACCUCAGAAUCCCUCCUAUCUGGGGCCAGCAUCUGAAGAGGAUAUUGCAGCUCAAAUUAUAGUCUCCAGUGGGCGCGCUGGCCACAACAUUGAGUACCUUCUGCGGCUGGCGGACUUCAUGCGCUACUGUUGCCCUCAAGUAGAGGAUGAACAUUUGUUCUCGAUUGAGGAAGCCCUGAUCUCUAUCCUGCCCUGUAUAUAUCCUGCUGAGGACCCCUUGGUACAAUGAAUUUGACUGAUUGAAUUUGACAGUAUUCACAAAAAUGAUUGGAUGAACACUUUUUAACCAAGGUCAUGACUGAAUACGUGAUCUAAUGCAACUGAAGCCAGGUUUAAAAACCUGUAGAUGUAUAGACAUUGGGAGAGAAAAGUAGUGGAGCAACGGUGAUAGAACUACGGUUUAAGUAGCAUUGCACUCCAGACUUGGGAGUAGAGAUUGGAGAGAUCCAUUACUAUUCUACCAGCUGCCGGCAGUACAAAACUGGUUGAAAAAUACUUCCCAGUCUCACUUGUACACUCCAGAGAUUAAGUCCUACUGAAUUUAAUAGGGCUUACUUUCAGAGUCCAUGCAAGUGGUACUACUGCUUUUUUGCACUUAUUCACAGUGUUCUUUGAAUUGUUGAAGAGAAAGGG